AUUCUAUGCUGUAGAUCGUUAAGAUUCUGUGGUAUUACCAAGUUUAUUUGCUGGCAUAUCGUUUCAACGUGCAGCAAAAUUUGAGAUCACAUUCAGCGUUAACUUUUCCCAGUCGGCGUCCUUUCAAAUCCCGAACUGCGCAUGUUAACCAACUUUUUAUAGGUUUCUUCGACGGGUAUAAAAGCAAGCAGCGACUGUAAAUUUCAGCACCCUUUCCGUAUAUUUCAACAAAAUUGUACACAUAGCAUGACUGUAAGCGAACGCGAAUAUUAUGAUCCUGCAACUACAAAUUAUUGGCUACCGAUCGAUGAGAUCGAGCAAGAUCGAUUGGAUGAGAUCCAUUUCGCUCUGAAAGAUUUAUAUGAUGGAAAUGUUUUGACAAAAACCCAUUGUUUACUGCGUAAGGGUAUGAAGAUAUUGGACGUUGGUUGCGGUCCUGCCACUUGGCUUUUGGAUAUGGCGAUGAGUUUUCAAAAAUGUGAAUUUACCGGUGUGGAUCUAAGUAAAGACAUGUUCCCCAAUAUCAAACCUAACAACGUUGAGUUGGUCAUCGCCGAUGUUCUGCAAGGUUUGCCCUUUGAGGAUGGUACUUUUGAUUUUGUACACAUGCGUCUUUUAUGCCGCGCGUUCAAAAAGGACGAAUGGGAAACCGUCUUUCGCGAGUUGCUCAGAGUGACUAAACCUGGAGGAUACAUUGAAUCCCUCGAAUCCGACAUCAGAGGGGAAACUAAGCUCAGCAAAAUCUUUAUCGAUCUUUCCGAACAACAUGAUCAAAAUCCCCGCAUUGCUAUUCAUAUUGGAGAAAUAUUGACCAAGCUUGGAGCUAAUAUCAUCCAAACAGAUGAGCGCAGCGUCAAUCUGGGAAACAAUGAUAUACUGGCGGCCAAAUUCUUAUCAAUGAUUAAGCAUUCUAUUGAAAGUUUGAUUCCUUUUAUAAGACCAUACCUUGACCUUAAAGAAGGCGACGAUCCAUCCUCGGCGAUCCAGGAACUAUUGGAUGAACUAAAGGCAUCUGAACAGAAAUCUGUUUUCAUUGCCUACCUUGCUCAGAAACCCGAAUAAAUACACAGAUUGUAUUUCGUGCAUAUACACGUUCCUCGCCAAGUAGGAUGCGAGAAUAACAAAUUGUUUUCAUUGAUUGGACAUAAAAAGCAAUGGUUGCCCCAAUUUUUUUGUUUUUUCGGUAUAUCAUAUACGGCAUGGUUUUUUGUAAUAAAGGAGUGCGGACGAAGCCCUUCAUCACUGUUGACGUUUGCCCAAUAAUAUUGGAGACAUGUCAGUAGCAAAAUAAUAGCCAGUAAUAGUAUACAUG